CACAGAAUGACUCCUCUAUUUGUGGAAUCAUUCCUUAUCAUUUUUUUUUGCAUUCCUACAGGCACAUGACUGGUAAACUCCAACAGAACACGGAAGGGAGUAGCACUUCUCUUUGAAUACAGGAGGUGUAAACCAAACCGCUGUAUCAUGAAACUUCCUGUUCCCUCCAGCUUUGCUUUGUCAUCAGUUUCGUUUACAGCGAAACAGUAACCUUAAAGGAGUUGUGCAUGCUCUCACAAACAACACAGAGAUCAGACCCCCGACAGCAGCAGCAGACCAACGCAGGAUGAUGAAGAUGUCAGGAAGAGUCACUGGUUGCUGUGUGGCUCUGUUCUUUGCCCUGACUUCUGUGACAGCUGUAGAAAGACUCAAUUCAAUCGACGAUUUGAAGAGAAUCAACUUUGGCCGAGAUGUGCCCAAGCACAUCCUUGUGCUGCUCUACUGGUUUGCCAACAUAGUUGACAUCGACGUUAAUGAUGACAUACAGCUGACCUUUGACCCAAACAGAGGAGACUACGGCUCACAUCAUUAUGGCAACUUUGAGAGGAUGCUGGACCCACUGCCUCGGGGAAGCAGAUACAAGUACUACACUGUAGGCAAUAUCCAUCAGGAAACGCCUGUUGAACUUCCAUCCUAUGUCGUUCAUCCCCAAAGGGAGUACAUGGGAAGAAACAUGGACAGGAUCAUCAUUCGUGUCAGGGAGCAGAACGCAGGACGGGGAGCUUUGCCAAGGAUCGACCAAGUGUAUAUCACACAGCAUCAUGAAAAUCAGAGGACAUAUGAUCCAGAACACACCUACCAGAUCACCACUAACCUCUUGAGACAGAUCAGAGAGUUUUCUGUGGGACAAAACCAACAGCAACUGUUGCGUCUCAGAAACCGCUAUGGGAGUAACGCUGAUGAUUACCAGAUCAGAAACACAUGGGGUGACCUUGCUGGCCUUGGACUGCUGUGUUUUAUCGUCAUCCAAAGAAGGUACUCCUGGACCAAACACAGCUACAGAGAAAAUAACCAGAAUAAUAAUUUGAUGGCCGGUAUCCUUUUAUUACUUUUAUUUAUCUUUAUUCUGGCAUUUUUGAGUCAACCUAGGAAGUAGAUGAAAAGAAAUGACAGAGAGUACAAGAUAGUUAUUGUCAAAACCAAGGUGAGAUGGUAAUGCUUCUCAAGGACAAUGAGGACCACGAAGCCAGCAGGACUCAUAAGCCGACUGAAAACAAGUGAUCAGGUACCUCCUUACCCCUGAGGUCAGGGGUUGCUCUGUUGUUUUGUAUGCACUGUUUUAUACCCAUGUUAAAUUUUAUUGCGCACUAUAUUUGCUUUUUGUCUGAAUGGUGUUCAGUUAAAAUCAAGAUAUUAGGCUUGGUACAAUGUGCUUGUGAUGCUUUAAAUCACACAUCUCAAACUGUGUGUUAUGAACGGCUGCGAGUCUGCAGGGUUUCAGUGAUUCAACUUUACUUCAGGCUAGACUCAGUGAUCAGCACAUCUUCCUCAACAAGAGAUGAGGAGGUUAUCAAUUAAUUAAGAUGAUGCAGUAUUUGCUUGGACUGAAAAUCUGCAAACUUUCUGACUUUGAGCUCCAUUCAGGCGCAUGCUUUAAAAAACAAUUUUACCUGUCUGAUUUUUGCUGAGGACCGUACCAAACAAGCCAGCUCCCUCAUGUCUUGAAUAUGAUUUGUAGGCCGGGGCAUCUCUUUAACACCCCAUUGCUUCAUUUAUAAUGGUGUGUUGUCACACAUCAUUACACCCUUAUCAAAAAAUUGCAGCUCCAGUGAUGUGGAUAUUACACCUGGCUAUAUUACAAUUUCAGUAAUAUUUUGAUCAAUUGUGCAGCUCUAUCAAACACAGAAAGACCGCUCUAUGUUAUACCAGGAAGGGUGGUCUAAGGAGUUGCGUUUCACCAAAAAUCUGGGCUUUACAAAAUGGCAGCUUUGUGAUAAAGAAGAGGGUUUUUUUUCCAAAUUAUUGGAACUGAGCAAUACGGCUUUAUGUAUAUAAAAUGCACUGCUAUGGUAUGAUUAUAAAGCUCUCCGCUUCAUUCAUCCAACAUUGUCAUGAUGUGAUAUAUCUAAUCUAAUAGUAAUGACUCCCUACUGAUUCAUCCUCUGGCUGAUAGAUGAACAGAAUGUAUUGUUCUGACUGACAAAUAUAAAUAGAUGAGUGAAAGGUUCUAUUGUCUGUUUAUAACUGAAAACACACUUAUAAAACAUUAUAAGUGAAGAUUUUAUCAUAGGAGUGUAUUUCCUGUAUGGUUUCGUCUUCUUUCUGUAAUGUCAAAAAAUGUGUUUAAUAAACUAUAAUCUAGCA